AGUACUCAAAUCAUCAAUACCCAGUCUGGAUUUUGAUGUCUACAUUUGACAUGAAGGAUGAAUCCAAGGAAGUGAUUUGGCAAGGUGAGAUUGGUGGAGUAUAUGCGGCUUUGGAUACAUUCAAGGCUGAAAAGGCAUUUCCUAUGUGCAAACUCACACGUUUGUUGCGUGAUUCAUUGGGUGGGAGGACUAAGACAUGUAUAAUUGAUGUUGGUAGUGGGAGGAAUGCUAAUACUGGAAAGGAUAAUGGGGUCAAUCAAAGCACCGACAGAGGCCUUACAUCCACCUCUUCACCAGUUUCGCAGGACAUAGAAAAUAAGGCAACCAUUCCAACCAUGAGGAAUGGUGACGAUUCUUGGUCACUAGAGACCAGUUCUGGGGGUCUAGUAAAUGCUCUUCUUGAAGCAGAGUUCCGCAAGGAAUCUGCCGCGAAGGAUUUCGCAAUCCGGCCAGGCCUCUCCUGCACAGCCCCUGGCACCUAUAAAGAGAGAGAAGAAAGAGAAAAAAGGGAGGCUGGAAGCUGGAACGUGAGAGGAAGAGCAGAGAAACCGUGGGUGGCGGUCUUGGCUUUGAAGAAAGAAGAGAUCAGCACGUGA